ACGACCAAUCAAAUUGAUUGAGAGGGACGCUCAUACCGCCCAUUUUCCAAACCGACGGGUAUCUCCUUGGCUGCUAACGCUGGGUGACAUUUUGGGUUAAAAUGUAUUGUCGUCCUCGCUCACCUUCUUUCCACAAAGCAUGACGGACGUCUGAUAAGGAGGGAAACGUCGUGCUGAACAUCGGUGAACUCAGUUUAUCGGAAGGAUGGACACUCUUAUCCCCACCAUCAACCGGCUGCAGGAGGUCUUCCUCACAGUGGGUGCAGAGGUCAUUCAGCUGCCUCAGAUUGUCGUGGUUGGAUCUCAGAGCAGUGGAAAGAGCUCCGUGCUUGAGAGCCUGGUCGGACGGGACUUCUUGCCUCGAGGAUCAGGAAUAGUUACAAGACGACCGCUGGUGUUGCAGCUAGUUAAUAUUGCCCCUCUGCAGGAGAGACAGAAGACCGAGAAUGGAAAUGGGAUAAAUCAAAAUGCCUCAAACAGCUACUCAGGUGUCAAAGCUGAAGAAUGGGGCACAUUCCUGCACUGCAAGAACCAGAUCUUCACAGAUUUUCAGCAAAUCCGUCAGGAAAUUGAAACAGAGACUGAGCGCACUUCAGGCGAGAACAAGGGAAUCAGCCCUGAGCCCAUAUAUUUGAAGAUUUUUUCUCCCAAAGUCCUUAAUCUCACUCUGGUUGAUUUACCUGGAAUAACUAAGGUUCCUGUUGGGGACCAGCCGGAGGACAUUGAGGCUCAAGUGCAAGAGAUGAUCUUGUCCUUCAUCUCAAAUCCAAACUCCCUCAUCCUCUCCGUGUCCCCUGCCAACUCCGACUUGGCCACCUCUGAUGCACUGAAAUUGGCCCGUGAGGUUGAUCCAGAUGGUCGUCGAACACUGCUGGUGGUCAGUAAGCUGGACCUGAUGGAUGCAGGCACUGAUGCUUUAGAGGUCCUUCUCGGCCGAGUCAUCCCAGUCAAGCUCGGGAUCAUCGGGGUGGUUAACAGGAGCCAACAUGACAUCAAUACUCAGAAGAAGCUGGAGGACUCAAUGAGGGAUGAGCAGGCCUUCCUGCAGCGCCACUACCCCUCGCUCGCCUCCCGAGCUGGCUCACGUUAUUUGGCCAAAACUCUCAGCAGGCUUCUGAUGCACCACAUCCGGGACUGCCUCCCAGAACUCAAAACCCGGGUGACCGUGCUUAGUGCCCAGUACCAGACAAGGCUCAACAGCUAUGGGCAACCGGUAGAGGACCACAGCGCCACCCUGCUGCAGAUUGUCACCAAGUUUGCCAGCGACUACUGCCACACCAUCGAAGGAACAGCCAGAUACAUCCAAACCUCAGAGCUCUGUGGGGGUGCUCGCAUCUGUUACAUAUUCCAUGAGACCUUUGGCCGCACUUUGCAAUCCAUCGACCCCCUCGGGGGACUGAGUGAGCUCGAUAUCCUCACUGCCAUCCGCAAUGCUACAGGUCCGCGGCCGGCACUCUUUGUGCCCGAGGUGUCCUUUGAGCUGCUGGCGAAGCGGCAAAUUAAACGGCUGGAGGAGCCGAGUCUCCGCUGCGUGGAGCUCGUUCAUGAGGAGCUGCAGAGGAUCAUCCAGCACUGCUCCUCCUAUAGUACGCAGGAGCUUCUGCGGUUUCCCAAACUGCAUGACUCCAUUGUGGAAGUAGUGACUGGAUUACUGCGGAAGCGUUUGCCGAUUACUAAUGAAAUGGUACACAAUUUAGUAGCAAUAGAGCUCGCCUACAUCAACACAAAGCAUCCAGACUUCGCAGAUGCAGCGCAGGUCUCAGCAUCUGUCAACAGUCAGCAGAUUUCUCACUGUCAGGCAGAGGCCCUCGACGGAGGGAAGCGCUGGAAGAAUGAGAAAGUUGCAGAGGAGAAAGCCCCGCCUGCAGGCUUUGGCAGCCCCAGCAAGGGCCGGGCCAUUAACCUCCUCGACACUGCGGUGCCCGUGGCCCGCAAGCUGAGUUCCAGGGAGCAGAGGGACUGUGAGGUCAUCCAGCGGCUCAUCAACUGCUACUUCCUCAUUGUCCGCAAAAGCAUCCAAGACAGCGUGCCCAAGACAGUGAUGCACUUCCUGGUGAAUUUUGUGAAAGAGCAUCUGCAGAGCGAGCUGGUGGGUCAGCUUUACAAACAGACACUGCUGCAGGACCUGCUCAUUGAGUCACAGGACACGGCACAGCAGAGGACCGAGGUUGCUCAAAUGCUUGAGGCGCUCAAAAAGGCCAAUAACAUAAUUUCUGAGAUCCGAGAGACCCAUCUGUGGUAGCCAGAGGACACAAACAAAUUCCCUUGUCAUAGGAAAGCUUUGAGAGUAUAAGAGUGUCUGUGAGUUUACAGCAGAGAAAGUAAGAGCUUGUGUGUUUGUGUGUCUUUAUGCUUGUUUGUUUGUGUGUGUGUGUGUCUAAAUUUUCUUAUGGACCAAUGACCAUAGCACAUUUAGAUCUUGAACACUGGAGCUGUUGGUUUUUCACUGUGAACGUUGUGUAAUGUUGGAAAUCAUUUAAACACUCAGGCCCACUCAGUGUUAUCAAGAAAUUUAAAUGGUAGCUGCAAACAAAUCAUUAUUUUGCUUCGGUUUGUGACAAAAUAUUUGUUGGAUCGUACGAUUGUUGCUGUAAAUGUCAAAUGUCAAAUAUAUGUGGAGUAUUUAAGAUGUUCUCCAGGGUGUUUUUUUGAUCAAAAUGUAACUCGCACUGUUAAAUUUCAUACUUUCCAAAAACUGGGACUCCUCUGAGCCCCUUCAGCAGGUGCUAUGAACUAUGUUAGGUUUGUUGCUUUGCGACUUUAAUCUCCUUUGUUGGAAAACAGAAAAGAAAUGGAAAUCCGACUUAAUCAAAGCUGACUGCCGAGCAACACAGAAUUCACACCUCGAUGAUUUUAAGAAAUUACAGGAUGGUUGCAGAUUGUUUUUCUCCAGCUCUGCAGUGUAAAAACAAUAUCAGGUUUCUUUUACAGUCACAUUUACAUAUCCCUGUGGGUGGUUUGUAGGAGAGGCAGCUAUAGUGUGUAGUGUAUAAAACUAUGGUGUUAGUGAGUUGUGAUUAAAAUAUUUUUUUUAAAUGCAGAAGGAGAUAACAUGCAGGUACAUCAUAUGACUUCAAUAUUCUGUUACCUCUCUUCAUUUCCUCCAAACUAAUUAUCCAUGGAUUUCCACUUUAAAGGAUUCAGAGUUUGCUGCUUGAAUCUCUCUAAGCGUAGAGACCAAAGUCGCCUCGAUUAAGAGAUUCCGUAUGCGGAUUCCUCCUGCAUGCAUUUAUUUGUAAACUAUCAACUUAUAACCAGAUUCUAUUGUGUAAUGAUACUUGAUGUUAAAAAAAAUCCGAUGUUCCAAACUAAAGUUGAUUGUCAGGUUAAUUCAUCCCAAACGUAAAAUAUGAAUUAAUGUAAAUCUUUUCCCUUAGCCUAAUAACAAAUAUCCCUAAAAAUGAUGUUUUUUCACCAUCAGACCUUUUUUGUUCGAUCAGGGAGCAACACUGCAUGUGUGUGUUCAGUAUGCAUGUGAGGACGUAUGAAUGAAUAGCUCAUGUAUUUUUGUAUUAUUUAAAUGUACAGGGGCGGCCCAAAGGUCUGAGACCUCUCUCUGAGUUUUGGACCCCAGCUGUUAUUAUUAUCAUGUGUGAACUGCCUCUGAGUUCUUGCCUGCCAAUAUUUGUGAUACCAUGUUUACCAAAUGAAGUCUGUUAAGACUGGAGGGACUCAUUAAAAGAUAACAAAGGACA